GCCGCCCGAUCAGUGCGCGUAUUGUGAUAACGGUACGCGAUAUUUGCGACGAGAGUUGUUUCUCCAACGCGCCGUAGUAGUUAUAGUAGUUACCUAGUAGGAAUCGAAAUUGAAAACCGAGAAGUGCAGGUACUUGCGUAUUUGUCGGUUUUCAUCGUUGUCGUUGUCGUCGUUGGUUGCUGUCCAGUUUCGAUUGAUAUCCAUUUCCGCCUAUUGUCGGUCUAUUGGUUUUUUCCUGAUCGUCGCAUUACCGUCCAGUUUGUCUCUCAAGUCUACUAAGUGCCGAGUUAUUCCAUGGUAAUUCCCCUGGCAUCCGUUAGGCUGACAGUUUUCCCCGUCCAAGUUGCUGUACUCUGGUAAUUGUCACCAGGAGGCUGUGCUUGUGGUGUGCGGUGGACCUCUGUUGGUUAACCCACAGACUGAUCAAGGUUUUCUUUAUCGAUUAUGAGAAUGAAAGCUUAAUGAUACUCGACUAUACAUCUUUUAAUAAGAUAAAAAAAUGGGAAAACAAAACAGCAAGUUAAAGCCUGAGGUCUUGGAAGACCUAAGACAAAAUACUGAAUUUUCUGAUGCCGAGAUUCAAGAAUGGUAUAAAGGUUUUUUAAAGGAUUGCCCAGGUGGUCAUUUGAGUGUUGAAGAAUUUAAGAAAAUUUAUGGAAAUUUUUUUCCCUAUGGUGACGCAUCUAAAUUUGCAGAACAUGUAUUUCGAACAUUUGAUGCCAACAGUGAUGGAACAAUAGAUUUCAGGGAAUUCCUUUGUGCUCUGUCAGUCACGUCGCGUGGAAAGUUGGAACAGAAACUUAAGUGGGCCUUCAGCAUGUACGACCUAGAUGGAAAUGGGUUCAUUUCACGACAAGAGAUGUUGGAAAUUGUUACGGCCAUUUAUAAGAUGGUAGGCACUGUAAUGAAAAUGCCUGAAGAUGAAUCGACGCCAGAGAAGAGGACAGAUAAAAUAUUUAGGCAGAUGGACAAGAACAAUGAUGGCCGUUUAUCAUUGGAGGAGUUUAUUGAAGGUGCCAAAAGUGAUCCAUCUAUCGUUCGACUAUUGCAGUGUAAUCAUGCCGUCCAGUAGGGCUUUACAAUAAGCAUUACACUGAAUUUGCCUGCCUUUUAACUAAAGUCACAUAAUGUUUAGACUUCUCUUUUUUUUUGUCUUUAACUUUCGUUAAUUUUAAAUCCCAAAUGGAUUUUAUCUACCAAAAAGCUUCAAUCAAACAUCAAUACGUGUGCUCUAAUUUUUAAUGCUUAUAACGUUUGACAAAGUAUAAUACACAUUUUUUUCCCUGACUUAUUAAUUUUUAAAAUCUGCGUAUUGGCAUAUUGCAUACUAUUUCAAUCAAUAAUAAAUUAUUAAACAUCACAGAUACAUGUGGCAUUAUGAAACACGUGUUGAUGAUUUAUGAUAAAACAAAUUUAUUGUUUUUACUGUGAUAUAUUCUUAAAAAAUUUUCAAUUUUGAUCUUCCUUAUCAAUACAAUGUAUUAUUAUUAUUAUAUUCGUUGGGCAAGAAUAUUUUAUUAUCCUAUUAAAAUUUUUUGUUUUCAUAAUAUUAAUAAUAUUUAAUUGUAAUUUGUGCUUGUAUCAUUUAAAUCUAGAGAUGUGUGAUAAUUUUAAAACUAAACCCCAAAAUUUACAUUUAAUCUAUAAAGCUAUAUAGAAGCUUACAUUUAUAUUCUUAAAAAUUUUUAUUUUUAUUUAUCAAAUUAUUUAACUAUGUCUCAUAUUAUUAUAUAUAGAAAAAAUAAUAUACAAAAAUAUAAAGUCGCACAUCUCUUUAUUUAUUCAUUUACAACCAUCACUUUGCGACCACGGUGGUAUUUUGAUUUAAUAAUGUAUAAUUAUUGUUAUCUAUUCCAAAAAAUAACAAAAUUCAUAAAACCAACAAACAUUUUUGUAGGGUUCCUAUAUCUAGUCUUUGUUUACUGUUUUAAUAUUAUCAUAGUAAAUACUGAUGAAUUGCCUAUAACCUAUUUAAUAAAAAAAAAAUUACCUUUUUCUUAAAGGUUUGCCAAAUUUUUUUUCACUAAAAAUAAAAUAUAAUAUAUUAACUUAUUGUUAUUUAAGAUUUAAUAGUUUAACUUGUAAUAUUGUAAAAAAAAAACCCCCCAGUAAGAGGAUUGUGUUAUUGUUUGAGUUGUUAUUCGUUUCAAAAGUAUAUUUUUUUAACUUGGCUUUUAACCGACUCUUAGUAAUGUGCCGUUGUAUAUAUACGUGCUCAAAUCUAUUUCCACAUCCUCGGUGCUAUUCAUGUUAAAUAGUAAACCUAUACGUAACACUUAAAAACCCUUUCAUUAUUUUAUUGAUUCUAAAACACAACCAGACACAUACGUAUAUUAGUAUGAUUUAAAUUAAUAAUUACCUAAUUUAAAUAUAUUUUGUAUAUUUUUUCUAAAAUACUGGCUUAUGGUUUUGGUCUAUUUAUACAUAUUAUAUACUAAUCUUAAUAUGGUAGCUUAUAUUUGUUACAAUUUUGUUCAACUGUAUAAUUUUGUAUCGAAUAAUGUAUUAAAUUUGCAUGAAUAUCUUUAUAUUUAAAUAUGUAUACCAAAAAAAUAUUUUCUGCCUCCAUAAAUAAAAUAAGUUUAACAAAAAAAAUACAGAGAAUCAUCUGACAUAAUAUGUACAUAUACGUCUUUUCACCUAAUAUAAUAUUAUGUCAAACAUAAAAAUUUUACAUAUUUGCUCAAGUGUCAUUUAUGUGUCAAAAUGUCCUCUUUAUACCUCCUACUCUUCCAAGUACAUGUAAAGGCUUUCUUGCCAAAAAUUGUGCAUCACUUUUUCAAAUUACACAUAUAAAUUUGGACAAAUACCAUAUAUUGUAGGAAGUUUGAAAAAUUCUAUGAACAGAAAUACAGAAUAAAACGUCUCUUAACUUUCUAGACAUCCUGGUUGUAUACAUAAGCAUAGCAUAGAUUAGUUAUUGUAAUAUAAAUCUUACAAACUAUAUGUUAUAAGGUUAUACCUUUAAUAUAUAUAUAUUUUCUUGUAUUAUCUACCAAUUACCAUAUAUAUUAUAUUAUAUUUACAUCAUAUUAUAUUAUAUUAUUCACUGUGUAAAAGAAACAAAUAAUAAAAAAAUGUUAAAAUUAUA